UUUCACAAUAAACUGAACUAGAGAAACAAAAAUGGCGGCAGUUUCAGGUGCGGCAUCUUAUCUUCUCCACCACAUUCUUCACCGGACAGCCCCAUCGCCACCGUCGGCGCGCUUUCUUAAACCCCUUAUUCUAGUUACCACAGUGUCAUUCUCUAAGAAUUUACCGAAAUGCUCCAUUGGAGGACUCUCCCCUCGUCGCCAUGAGAGCACCACAACCGUUUCCCCUUCUCUUAUCUCUCCUCGUCGUUCUCCUCCUUCCGUCCAUUCCUCAAGUGGGUCUCUCUCCUUAUCUCUAGAAGAAGAAGAAGAAGAGGCUGAGUUAGAAUAUGACGAUGACAGUGAUGCUGAUGAUGAUGGUGAUGAAGCCCAAGAGCUUGAAAUUGAAAAUUAUAAUGAUGCUGAGGAAGAAAAGGAGGAGGAAGAGAGUGAGAUUAAGAGCGAUAAAUUGAAUUUGGCGGAAGAAUCUAAAGUGGGUUUGAGCUCUUUGCGUGUGAGAACUCAUGGGAUGAAGCUACCGAGUCUUACAGUGAAGGAGAAGAAGGAGCUUUCGUCUUACGCUCACAGCUUAGGAAAGAAGCUGAAAUCUCAGUCGGUGGGGAAGUCCGGUGUCACUGCUAGUGUCGCCACUUCUUUCGUGGAGAAUCUUGAAUCUAACGAACUUCUUAAGAUUAAAAUACACAGGACAUGUCCAGGGGAGCUAGAUGAUGCAGUGAAGCAAUUGGAGGAGUUAACUGGUUCGGUAGUUAUUAGUAAUAUUGGUAGAACAGUGAUUCUUUACAAACCUAGCCUCACUAAGAUGAAAGCAGAGGAGAAAAAGAAGGAGAAUAUGAAGAUUUUCAUGAGGAGGAAACUUAGAAGAGCUACUAGACCCCCAUUCCAGAAAGAUGGAGAAAGACCAGCAAUUUCUAGCAGAGGAAGACGCGGAAGUAGCAGGUCUUAAAGCACUUAACCAUGGUGAUAUUGCUUCUCUGAGCUGUGUUUAAAGAAAUGUAAGUGAGUAGCUCUAAGUGUUGUUAAUUGUAUCUUAUGCUUAAGAAUGUCAAAUUUUGGUUAGAAAUUUAAAUGAGAAGUAGAAAUGGAAAUGCA